CAUCUGGCUGUUGUGUCUUUUUUUCUCUUUCACUCUUUCUUCCUUCCUUUCGCAUAACUCACGGGUCCUUUCCCAGCGCUGAGCACGGCCUGGUGAAGUUUCCGCCCAUGUGACUUCCAGCGAGAGCCACCAGAAACCACAAGAGAGAGAGCGAGAGAGAGCCCCAGAGGGAGAGACAUGUCCCUGUGGGGGGCAGAGCCUCUGCACCCCAGAACCAGGAGGCCGCGGGGGUCAGAGGUGGCCACAGGGAGGGCUGAGGGGCGCCGUGCCGAGCGGGGUGGGCCGGAGGCACGGGGGGGCCGGCUGCUGAGCACAGAGAGGCCGGAAGCCUGCAGACAUGCCCCACAGCUCCGACAGCAGUGACUCCAGCUUCAGCCGCUCGCCGCCCCCCGGCAAGCAGGACUCCUCCGAUGACGUGAGGAAGGUGCAGAGGAGGGAGAAGAACCGCAUCGCGGCUCAGAAGAGCCGGCAGAGGCAGACACAGAAGGCAGACACGCUGCACUUGGUGAGUGCCCCCCACCCGCCGGGCAGCUCCUGGCUCCGUGACACCCUCCCUGUGCUGACAAGGCUCCCCCAGAGACCGCUCUCCCUGACACCCACACACGCCGCAGCAGAUGGGCUGAACGGCGAGGAGCCCAGAG